AUGAAUUUUGAUAAGAUGAAAUUGGAGAAACAAGGAAACAUGGAUGUUCAAUUUGCUGCCCAACAAACAACUCUCCAGCAGUUUGAUAUUAUUAAUUGGAUUAAUCCAUACAGUUCAAGUAUCCAAGGAAACAUAUGUCAAGAUCAAAUGGACAAAAGAAAGAGAAUAGCAAACAAUUUUAGCAAUUACACAUAUACCCCUUUCUUUGCAAGUUCUUCACGGUCUAUAAAUAUAUCAUUUUCUCAAAUUCAAGACCUGUCACCUUAUAUCCCAUUUCAGAGUCAAGAGCAAAACAUGGUGGUAAAUGUCCAGCAGAACGCGACACAAACAUUUGAAAAAUCACAGGCACAAGUGACUUUCGGUGAAAAUAGUGACAACUCUAUUAUGAACUCCUGA